GCAACAUGCCAUCUCUUCUCUUCCGACUUGUGCGAGCCUUGUUGAAUUUGGUCAAGCAAACAUUGUACCCGGCCGCGAAGCCUGGACGUGGUGUCCCCGUCCUUGGCGGUAGCGACGCCGGCUUCAAGAGGCCGGCGGUGCUCACCUGCCCCCGGUACAUCAUCUCCGUGAUCUGUGAAUUCGCCAUGUUGAUCUGCACCACCGGGACGCUGUGCUACUACUUGACCUACGACUUGCCACCUGAGUUCUCCGUCCACUUGACGCCGAUCCCGAGCAACAACAGCGUGGGGGCUCCGGCCACGACGACGUCCAUCCCCCGGGCCUUCGACAUCGUCCUGCACGCCGGCAACCGCCGCGCUAGGGAGAGGUGCCACCACCACGGGGAGGGAGUGGUGACGUACGGCGGCUACACCGUGGCGUCGGGCCACGCGCCCGACUUCUGUGUGCCGUGGAAGGGGGCGCGCGAGGUGCCGUUCGAGCUGGCGUGGGGCUGGGACGACGGCGUUUACCUGCCCGAGCACCUGCGCGGCCGCAUCGCGGUGGCGGAGAGAGUCUGCGCCGUGGAGUUCGCGGUCCAGGUGAGACUCCUCCAGGGAGGCAACGCCCGCUCCGGCACGGGCACGCCGACGUGGAUGUGGUGCAAGGCGAGGAUCGGUGGGGCGCCUGGCGCCGUCCCGCCCUGCACCGUGUUCGCUCCACAGAACUGGUUUUCGCCCCUGGCUUAGCCGCCUCGGUGUCGCCAUUGGUGAGUAACCUGAUUGUAUUAGAAAACAUUGGAUAAAUUAGUAAGUAUUCUGGCUUGUUUUGUACUCCAAGUAGAUCAUGUACUCCUAUAUAUAUGCCUACGA